GGCUGCUCAAUUCAUCGCUCUGCUCUGUUGAUGGCAAAGAGCUGCUCUCCAGUUUUGAGAAUCGCGCAGCGGUCGCGGCAGGCCGUGUAAACGCUCCUACCGGUCCACUACAUUCGUAUUAGUGGCCACGUGCUGCAAAACUCAUCUGUGGCCCGCGCCGCCGCUUGAGCACACCACAAGAUGCUCAGUGCCUGGUCGUGGCUCGCGUGCGCCGUCGCCGCCGUGCGGGCCGCGCACCUGACGCCGGCGCAGCGCGACGCGUUCUUCGAGAACGGGCUCGUCGUGCUCGGGAAGAUGCUCGACGAGGCCGCGGUCGCGGCGAUUGAGGUGGAGUACGACCGAUUCAUGUCUGGCAUCCACGCCGAGGUGAUGGGGAAAAAUUUUACGGACAUGUCCAAGCCCUUCGGCACGCCGUUUGACGAGUGGAGUGUUAUUAAUGGUAUGUUGCCGCACCGCUACCAUCCACCGCUGCGCAACAACGCCUGGGAGCGGCUUGCUGCCGAAAUUGCUGCUGAGGUCUUUCCAGGCGUAGAGAUGGUGCAGGUGCCACGCGGCGUGACUCUUUAUCGACGCACCCGUCUCACCGGUCGAUUCGCACGCAGGACUACGACCAGCUGCUGGACAAGCGCCCCGGCAAAGGUGACGCCGUCUUCGCGAUGCACCAGGACAUGGCAUAUUGGCCGCCGGCGUCCCUCACGGCCAACGACACGCGCACCGUCACCCUUACCUUAGCGAUCGACGACGAAACGGCAGAGAACGGCUGCAUUCGCUACGUGCCGGGGAGCCAGAAGGAAAAGAAGCUCCGGCCGCACCGGCCGCUCGCGAAAUCUCGCGAGGAAGGCCACGCCGUAGUUGCGGAGGUUGCGGACGACGAGGAGAUACGCCUUGCCGAGGUUCCAAGAGGAGGUGUGACACUACACGACGAGUGGGUCGUCCACGGCUCGCCGGGCAAUCAGUCGCCGCGGCACCGGCGGACCUACGUGAUCGCCUUCCGCACGAGGGCCAUCGUCGACGCCGAGAGGAAAGCGGGCUUUACGCAUAGCCACAACGACGACGUCAACUGGGACGUGUUCAACCCUGAGAUCGCCGCCGCCGCCGCGCGGACGGAACUGUGACUG